AUGGCCAAACUUGCUGUUAAAACCAUCUUCAAUAUACCUUUUCAUCACAUGCCCAAUCCAAACCGCUAUGAACCUGAAAAUAGCAACAAAAACCUGAUGAUUCUUUGUUGGACGUGGAAGCCAAAUGAAAAUGAAAAUGAAAAUGAAAAUGGGAUGGAAGCCAAUUGCUGGCAGAUAUCUUCUUCAUUGGACGUGGAAGAAGUGCCAUCAGGUGCUUUACUUAUAGACACAAAACUAGAAAGCACAAGUGAUAAGUUGCACAAUCAAAAAGAUGGUGUGGAUUGUGACAGUGCCUGCGAAGAAAAGAUAAGAGCCACUGUUGUUAAAGAAAUCACUGAUGAUUCACAUGUAAAAUCAUCACCCUCACCUGAUUUUCAUAACAACUUGAGGAAUUCACCCAUAGUUGAUUCACUAUGUCAGCCUGCCUUGUUGGAUCCAGGGAGCGAAUUGAAGAAUGGCAUAUUGCAAAUAGAAGAUAAUUUCUGCGUAUUGAAGGAUAGUUCUGCAGAUGGAACUGAUCUUCUUUCCAAGGGUAACAGUGUUUCCAUCAAGGAUACUUGUCCUGUAGACAAUCCUGGACAGACAAAUAAUGAUGGACAAGGAGCUGUUGAAGUUGAUUAUAUCACUGAAAGCACACUGUUACCUUCUCAAACUAACAGCACAACAACCACUUCUAACUGCAAAACAGAAUAG